AGAUAAGAAAGAGAUAAUAUAUAUAGUCUAAUUUUAAAAGAUAAAGAUAGAACAUAUAGAUACGUGAAAUACUUUUUUUCAAUUUAACAAAAUAUUAUGGAUUUGUGUAACUUGUUCUUGCUGCUGUUUGCUCUUUCAUCAAUAACGCUUCAAUUAGCAUAUGGAAGUUGCCCAAGCAGAUGGACACGACACGAGUCUAGCUGUUAUCACUUCAGUCAUGACACGGAGUCGGCUAUAGUUGCAAAUUUGGCUUGUCAACAGUUAGGGGGUACUUUAGUUGAGAUAGGAUCUGUCAGUGAGAAUACAUUCAUUGCUGGAUCUAUUAAAAACAAACAGGGAAAUUCUUGGUGGAUUGGUUUGAACGAUUUGAAGGAAGAAGGUGUUUGGGUCUGGAUGGGAAGUAAAUCUCCGGCAAGUUACUUUAACUGGCGAGCUGGAGAGCCAAACAAUGUAGGAAACAAUGAAAACUGUGUUGUUAUGGACAAAGGAAAAGAACAAUGGGUCGAUGGGCCAUGCCACAAUGUUUUACCUUAUAUAUGUGAAACGAAUGCUACAGAAACAGAAAUUAUUGGCUAACAUUGAAACAUUCUGUUAUGAUGGUUACUUUCUGUGUACGACAUUAAUAAAUGCAAAUGCUAACUAA